AUGUCGCUGGGAGCAGUGUCUCUGGGUAUUGUACCCAGCCAACACAGCCAGUCGGGUCUGAGUCCCAUCCCGCCUUCGUCGAAGCCGCCCAAGAAGCGACCGGGGCCAAAACGAGACUCCAAACCCGCGCCAUCAGAGAAGCAAGAAAAAAACCGACACGCGCAAAGGAUCCAUCGCGAAAGGAAGGAGAAUUACACCAAGGCACUGGAGGUAGAGCUGCAGCGCUGCAAGGACGUGUGCACCGAAGCUUUCAUGGAGCGCGAUAAGGCCUUAGCGGACCGUGACCAUCUCCUCGAAGAGGUCCGCAUGCUCCGAGCUCAACUCUCCACGCAGGCCAGCCAUCUCUCCCCGACAGAGACCUACGCCAGGUCCGAUGUCACCCGCAACAGCAGCUUUUCCGCGUCCUACGCGAACACGCCGCCGGGGAAUCUGGGCCGCGACGGGACCUCCAGCAUCGCGGAAGCGCAUCGUGAGAACAUGUUCCAACACGUCGGCGGAGGCAGUUUCAAGUCUGACACGGCCCAGUCAGGUCCUAAGAACCCGGAACCGCAUGCAGCUGCACCCGAGAGCCAUUGUUCCCCCCAAGCAACGUCGCACAACUCUCACAACAUUGACUAUGACGAGCUUGCGCUGGACUUUGUACUAACUCUUGAACGGCCGUGCUUCACACACGGACAAUACCUCAUGGUCCGGGCGCACAAUCUCGAAAGUCAGCAUCCUGAAACCGGCGACGCUCUUCCCGUCCCGGACGAGGUCCCCAAAGAUGAGUUGAAUCACGACAUAUCCGGCCAUUCGCUCAUGGCGACUUUGCCAUUCCAUGACCACAUCAUGCAUCGGCCAAACGAACUGCGACCGAUGGGAUAUCCCGAAGGUCUCCAGCGUCCAGACCUCAUCCGGUUGCUAGGCUUGACGGGCCAGCUCGAUUGCACUGACGACGAGCUCCCUCCGGUCAAGGCUUGGCUCCGCGUCCUUCAGAACCCCCGCUUCAAGGAGCUCAAUCUGGACGAUUUGAUGGAGCUCAAACGGAGAUUACUGGCGAAGGUGCAGUGCUUCAGAUUCGGCGCGGUCGUCAUCGAGGAAGAUAUCGUUGACACGGUGGAAGACAUUCUACAGUCCAAAAUGGUGGAAGUCCAUUAG